GCGGCGGCGGCGGCGGCAGCAUUGCCGGGUCGGCGACCACGCCGGCGGCGAGCCCUUACCAGGUGACCGCUGUCUUCCGUUUCCCUCUCCUUCCCCACCCCCCUCUUCUAUCUCGCAGCACCUCGUUUGGCGUGCUCGCGCGCUCCCGUUGUGUGGUUGACCGCGUACUUGUUGCUGGUUUUUUUGCUCGAGGAGUUGCGAUUGAGUUGGCCGAUUCGGUGCCCCGGUUUUGUUCGCGGCGUGAAGCGGAGUGCCACUAGAUGCGGCUUUGAGCGAUUUACUUGCAGAGUUCUAACCCUGGAUCAUGAUGACGCGAAUCGGGGCGCUUAUUUGUGCGUGAUGGCAGUUGAAAUUGAUGAGCAAAUUUACUCCCCAGCAUUUGGCAAUAUUGCUGUCCCUGAUAGUCAUGGUUGCUGCAGUGGUUUCACAUCCAGUGUCACAAAAGUGGUGUUUACCGUACACAUCCUUGCUUUCAUUGCCCUCGCAAUCUUCCUUGGCAUCCAGGCCUCUUCCCGACAGAAUCCUACCUACAAGCCUUUUGCCAACUUUGUUCCUCUUGCCUCCUCUGUCAUAGUAUCCAUAAUUGUCGGUUGCUUUUGGGUCAUCCUUGCAGUCAUUAACCCUCCAAAAGCCAUCAAAACCUCACUCUGGGCAGCCCCCGUUCUUGCACUGGCCUGCGAUGUAGUCAUACUCCUUGUUGGUAAUGGUGCUGCACUUGGUAUUGGAGUGCUCAUAGUUGUCGUUGCCAUUGCCAUGGCACUAUACAGUUGUUGGGCCACUGGUGUACGUCUUCAGCAUGCCACUGCAGUGCUUGCCACCUCUCUUAGUGCAGCACAUUUGCCUCCUUCUGCUUCUUGCUUAGUUGUCUUUGUCAUUCUUGCUGCAUUUGGCUAUAUGUCUUUCUGGACAGUUGCCAUUAGCUGUAUUGCUGCUGCAGAAGGGCACUUCAUGAACUUCAAGGUUGCUUAUGUGGCUGCACUUUUGGUGAGCAUGUCAUGGACCAUGCAGGUACUUCGCUACUUUGUCUAUGUGGCUGUGGCAAAACUAGCACAUGCACGGUUUGUCUAUGGAGUCAGUAUGCCAGGUGGCACCAUUGAAGCAAUCCGUGGCACAAUGAUGGGGCCAUCCUUUGGUGAUAUUUGCAUGGGAGCUGUGGUUGUCCCUGUGAUUGCAGCUGUGAGAAGCUUUGCUCGAGCAAUCAACGCUGUGACUGAGGGCAAUGACGAGUUCUGCCAGGGCUGCUGCUUGGCUAUAUCAGAUAAACUGAUGGGACGGGUCAACCGGUGGGGUUUUGUGCAUGUGGGAGUGUGGGGCAAGGCAUUCUGUGUGGCUUCACGGAAUGUGUGGUCUCUUUUCGUUCUCCGUGGGAUAUCAAAACUGGUUGAUUCAGACCUCACUGGUUCGUUCUGCUUCCUUUCUGCUGUCACAGGAGGUGCAUUGGCCUCACUAGUUGCUGGCUCAUGGGCACUAGCCAUGGAUAAAGAACAUAAGGAGCUUGCUCUGCCAGUAUCCAUUUAUUCAUUCCUCAUCGGUUAUUACAUGUGCCGAAUGAUAAUUGCGUGGCCGCAGGCUUGUGUUGCAACAUAUCAUGUUGCAUAUGCAGAGAAUCCACAGAACCCUAACCUGGGGACACUUAUACCAGACCAUCUGCGUGAACUCCAAGCACUAGCAGCGGACUGACUGAUCUCUCACUGAUAUCAACCAGCAUGACCCUUGCAGAGUCACACAUUGUUCCGAUUACAUUGGUGAUUGCUAAGAUUGUUCAAUUCCUUCAACCAUUUUUUUCUGAUUCCCGAAAUCUAGAAAUCGAUGCAUCAGUGCAGAUAUUUCAAUGUUUAGCUGUUGCUGUGGUCACCUAUGAGUACUGCAUAUGUACAGCAAAUUUUUGCAUGCUCAGUUGUGUAGAUAUGCAUUAGCCAAAAGAGGUUAGAUGAUCUGAGACAUCAAGAAAUAUAACUGUAGAGAAAAUAGCACAGUGAAUAUAUACAUAGAAUGGAUGUAUUUGUUUUCCUGAAUUAA